CGUCGAGGGAUUAGCAGCUGACUUGACUUCUCGGCUCUCGCUCGCGCGAUCAGUCGACGCCAAAGAGCCUUCGAGGUUAAACGUGUACGCCAAACGCUCCCGAUUCAGUCGCUUUCUACCAGUGGGCACGAAUCGCAACUUAACGAUUUAAAACGAGUGAUAAGUGUUAUACCUUCUUCAGUGUCGCCUUAAGAUAUAAAUAACCGAAGGAGAAUUCGCGGCAGUGCUACAUAUAAACAAAAAAGACAAUAAAUCUGACGGAGUUCCCAACAUAAGCAUCUGGGACCCUAAAUUUAGGAGGAACUUAAUUUGGCGUCAACGAGAAGAGAUUGAAUAAUAUUGAUUAUUAAUUGUCUUGAGGUUCCUCCAGUCGCGAAAAUUAGUGCCCUGAAAAUGCCUCCCGUCAUUAACGGGUCCACGAUCUCUCUGGCGCCGAUCAUCGAAGAAGAGGAUGCGGAGAGCAGGGAAGCCGACCUGGUGAUGAAGAAACUGAAAAGCGUCCUUUACAGAGGUGUUGAGCGCUAUCUCACGUGUGAAAAUGUCAUAUUACCCAGAAAUACCCUACGAAGGGCCGCACUUGACAUCCUCGAUCUCUCGUCUAGACACUCGAGUGGCCUCCGUGGGACCCUGAUCGAUUUGUAUCUGGAAGAUAAUGGAAGGUCGAAGAGAUUGGCGCAGGUGGUAGCGGACCCAAGGCGCACCCCCAAGACGUUCAUAGAGCUGACCCUCUACAGAGACCCAGCCUCAGAUGACAGGACGCUGCAGCUGCACUCCAGCUACGCCAUCAAGAGGCUCUGCAAGCCGUGACCGCCCUCUCUGGUGGUCUGCUCAAAUGGCACUCGAUGACCAGCCAUCAAGUCAAGUCCCUCUUAGAGGAGUCUUCCGAAGUGUUGCCAAGAAGUUGGCGUCGUUGGCUUCCAGCCUGCACUCUGCGACGCCAGUGUCUGUUAGAACGCAGCGUCUGGUUCUAGAAGCCGUUGGAGGUUUUGAGUAUUUCCAUCAGAUGGGUUUGGACGCUGCUGCUGCUGCCUGCUGAAACAAGUUCAUAGGUCUAAAAGUCAUUGGUCUAUUGAAUGCUGCCCUCCUGACCACCAGUCCGUUGAUGUGUGAUUGUGUAAGUGCUGUUGUUCUCUGACGGCCUCAGAAGACUUACUGGUGCCUGCUAGGGAUUCAUAAUCUGCUCUAAUAUAUCCUUUUUUUUUCAACUCUGGUGUUCUACGUGAGAGCUACCUCAGAAAUGUAACACCGGUAGUAUUACGAAUGUUUUUCUUAACCAGUUGGACAAAGAUGAGUUUUUAACAAGGUACCACUGCCCCUUUGCUUCAGGGAUACUGUAUUGUUCAUGCUGUAUGAUGUAAGAUCAACUUUUUUACGGAAGCGUAUAGUAUUGGAUGCCCAAAACAAAACAUUAAGUUUGGAACCUCAAUUUCAAUAGUCAUAGAAGUAGAUAAUUGCAAAUUUUUACAUUUCUUGACGUAAACGUAACAUUGGUCUGAACUGGACGUGUUCCUCUGAGACUAGAACUGUAUUUGUUGAGACGUGGAACCUACUAUAACCCGAGACAUUCUUUUUGUGUAUUGUUAGCAAGAAUCCUGGUCUGUUGUAGCUUGAGUAUGAUAACAUGUUAUUUAAGAUAUUUAAAAGUUACAAUGGACUUCAGUUUGUGUACACCAGAGUACCAAGUGUUGUUUCUGAUUUUAUGAAUGGUCAGGGCAGAUGGUUGUAACUUUGUAAGUGCUUGGGAAUAUUAGCUAGUAAUGUAAGCAUAAGUGGCUUAUCUGAAACAGGAAAGUUGUUAAAUUUUUCAGGCACAAUAUGAAGUAAAACCUUUUUAUUGCGCUAUGAAAAUUAAUUUGUACAAAUCUGACAUAUUUUGUGAACAUCAUCAAAAAAUGGCUUAGCUGUUGUGUCUCACCAGCCUUGAAUCAGUGAGCAGCCAGUUUUUUGGCAGCAUUGGUGACUGAGAAUAAGUGUUUAGACCAACUUUUGAGUGAAUUUUGUCAACUCAGAUAAGCUGAUUUUUUUUAAGGCCAUAAUUUUUAGUGAAAAUAGGUUUAAAUAUUGUAAACGGCAGUCUUGCUACAUUGUACUAUCAGGGCGAAAAGGUAUGCAAGCCUAGCUAGCUUUUUGUCUAUAGAAAUAUUUCUAAAUAUUCUUAAGUUUCUAAUCUUGUGGCAAAGGGUUUUGUUGAGGUGUAACGCUUGUCGACAUAAGUCUGUAACAUUUAGUCUAGGCUAAACUGUAGCUACAAAGGUUGAAGCAAACAAACAAACAGGAUAAUGAGAUUCCUUACCUGUAUAGUAACUCUGACUUGGGAGUUCCGUCAGAGUUUUCCCUGUAGAUUUGAUACUGUAGAAUUUUGCUCCUACAGAGAGCUACCUCCUGUGAAAUAGAAAUAGCAGGUUAGUGAUGUUAUUGAUAAAUUCAACCAUAGGAAUAUUGGUAAUGUUUAUCAAAGAAAUGUUAAGAAUUUGAUACCAUGUGAUUGUAAGUCAAGGUCACUUUGGACUCUGCAAGAAAUGUAAAACUAACCAUAAUUUUUUAGUGUUUUACAGGCAGUACCCCGGUUUACAGCGGGUUUACCAUUCCAGAUGGCGCUCUGUAACCCGGAAAAAUCUGUAUAAAGCAGAUCAUAAUAAUGCGAAUAAAUGGUGUUCACAGCGCCGUAAAAUCUGGUUAACGAUGUCAUGAGCUAAGCGCCGUAAAGUCUGAACGCUGUAAACCGAGACCACCGUAACCUGGGGACUGCCUGUAUAUGUGUGGACUGUAAUAAUUGAUAAUUUUACAAAGUUUCAUACAAUGGUCAAUUUGGACCCUUCAGAAAUUGUCAAAUUAACCACCAUGUUUUUUAGUGUUUUAUAUGUGAAGUUUGAAAUGUAAUAAUUGUAAUAGUUAUUAUCGUCAAGCAAUAAUUUAGAGCAAUGAGUUUUUAUAAUGACAUCAGACAACUUGACGUUUCAACUUGUGUAGAGUAUGUACAUACGUCCGUCUUCCCCAGAAAACUAAAACCAAACUCCAGAUGAAGUUUUUGAGCAUCAAAUUCAUCAUAUUUGUUGAUGUUGAUUUAUAAAAUUGCAAAUUUGUACCCGCUGUAUAGAUCAUCAUAUUCACUCAAAAAAAAACCCUCGUCAGGCAACUCUUACUCAUUGUACAUAGCCCACUCAUUGCAUACAUAGUCAAAGCAUUGUUUUAUCUUCAUUGUACAUAUGCCACUACAUCAUUUUCAUGUGAGAGUGUACAUAGUAUGUUUUUUUUCAGUGAGGUCAGAUGUAAAGAUUUUUUUUUUUUUAAUGUUAUAUUUUUAUUAGAAACACGUCUUCCAUGGCGCUCUGUAGCGUCUUACAAAAGAUCUGCUCAAGAUAAAAGUGAAAGUUUGAA